AUGAUUCUCAAGCCAUCACUUGUUAUCUUGCUGGCAGCGGGUGCCUUCGGAUUCCCCGCUGUUGGCAAAGAGUACUCCAACUCAUCGUAUCCAACGUCCCCCUGCGUCAAAUGCGUCCUACCUGAGCCCCCAGUGACCCCUCCGUGCCCCACAGGAGAUGCUGGACCGAAUCGGUUCGGGCUUUCAGGCCAGCAGACAGCCACCUUCGCGGAGAAUGGGCCGAUUGCCACCUUGUCGCCCAAUGUUCACUGGUCUUGCGAUACCGCACCGGCUUCGAACGUCAUCCCCAUCCCGGCCAAUGAGGACCCAUCAAAGCCUGGCGGUUUUGCAUUCAUGACGUAUUGGUUCUCGGCCCCAUCAGUGAACCUCGACCACUGUGAUCAUGUGGCGUCGAUGGACUACACAGCCGGGGCUCUUACAAUUGUUUUCGCUUCGGAAGAGGCUUACAGACACGCCGUGGAUACCUGGGCCACCGACGGUGGCUUGAUCCUGCUAGCUUUCAUCAAAGGCUGCGGAGACCAUUCGAAGGGUGAGAGAUGCUACUUCGUGGUGUCCGAGUUGGACUUUGGUCCUCCUGGCUACGUUGUCAGAGCCAAUGGCAAAUCCCGUCACCCCGACGAGAUCGCCACAUCCGGGUCGGCUACAUGGGGUCAUUGGUCACCAAGGAAAGGAGAGCCAGGGAUCCAACGCACUGGCUCAGGAAGCGGUUCAGGUUCUGGGUCGGCCUUCACUUGGUCUCCUCAGCCAACAGUAUCACCGGGAUCCGGCUCCGGGUCCGGAGGACAACCUGGAUCAAACACCCCUGGAGCCUCCGCAGCGGCGCCUCCAGUUGCGAAUCCAUCUGGGAUCACCACUGCCAAUCUUUCUUCCACGCGAUCUUGCGCAGGACCGCUGGAUACAAAGUACGGCCUUCCCACGGCUUGCUUAGGAGAGUUCUUUGACGAAUAUCUGGAUGAUUCUCUUGGGUACACGGAUCUCAGCCAAGAUGAUCAUCGAUAUAUCCUUGGUUACGCGCCUGACUUUCCGAAUGAAGUCCUUCCGCCUGACUUUGACUUUGAUGUAGAUGGGGAGGGCUUUUUCAGAAAGCGUCACAACCAGCAUCGCAAGCGGCAGGCGGGACUCAUCAAAGCGGCCGCUAACAUCGCCAAGAAAGCCUAUCAGACUGUUCAAUUUGCCACAACACUCUCUGGGACUAUCAACAGAGAGUUCGUCUGGAAGCUCCCGGAUCCACUAUCUGGGAAUGCUGACGCCAAGAGGGUUCAAGAGAGGGAAGCCAAGCAGAUGAGGUCGCCUUGGGGUGAUGCCGUUCUCCUCAGAAGAUUCAGUAGCAGCGUCAGGGGUAACGGAGGGAGCGCCAAAGAGUUUAUGGACGUCUACUGCGUCGGUUGCGGUGUCACAGGCAACGCAAAGGUCGCUGGUUCAGCCAAAUGGACUCCUGGCGAGGGCAUCGUCGAAGGCCAGGUCGAGAUCCGUACAGAUGUGAUGUUCGUUCUCAAGGUCGGCAUCGAUGCUGGGAUUGUUCUCAAGCAGAACUUCAAAGCAGAGCUAUUCAGCCUCGGCCUGCCCGGCCUUUCAUUUGGAGUUGUGUCUAUUGGACCUCGUAUUACAGUGGGCACGAGCGUCACCCUCGAAGCGGCUGCCAAGGGGAGGCUUCUUGCAGGUGCCGAAAUGGGUCUGGAAGAUGCUCGCGUUGUUCUUGACUUUGUCAACGACAGCAAAGCCACCGACAGAGGCUGGGAGCCUUACUUCAAGCCAGUGUUUGAGGCCGACGGCAGCUUGAUGGUCUCUUCAACUCUCGGACUGCCAAUCGGCAUCAAGUGCGGAAUCAAAGUCAGCACCUUUUCGAGGGACGUGGGGGUCAUCUCCGAACCAUCUAUCAAGGGCGUUGCUCAAGUGGCAGCGUCUAUCGGAAACUCCGCUGGGGUGCUCGAGGGCGGUUUCACCUCAACAGAUGGAUGCCCCGGCAUCGCAGGACAGAUUACCUGGCGACACAAACUAUACGCCGAGAUCCCCGGCCGCAAGCCCAUUCCUCUAUUGGACACCAAGGACAGACCUUUGGCGCGAACCUGUCUUCCGCUGGUUGCCUCAGCUUCGUCAACGGCAAGGGCUUCGAUUUCUCGUCGAGCACCUCAGGACCUCCCAGUACCUACCGCUGAUACCGCAACCGAUUCACCCCCUGUCCUAGGAGGCCCUCCCAUCCCGACCGAUCCAGUCUCCUCUUUACUAGACCCAGUCCCAUCUCCGGUUAACCCACCUGCGCCCACGGUUGAUUCUCCCGCUCCUACGGUUGAUACUGCUCCUGCUCCCGUACAGCCGACGGAGUCCUCUGUCGACUCGGUCGUUCCCUCCGCAGACUCCCCCUCUCAGACCAUCCCAUCCACUCCUGAUGCGACAAGUAGCGAUCUUCAACCGACUGGCGACGUCGUUGACGAGACGACCAGCGUAGCGGGCUCAACGGACCUUGACUACACCUCUCAGCCCGUCGGCACAAAUCCCUACAUGGAUGACACUGGCCGCGAAUUCGGUAUCAUUACUGACUCGUCGAACUCGUCAAUGAUUAUCUCCUGCAGUAACGGCAACAUGUAUCCUGUCAGCAUCGGCAGCCCAGAGAAUGCGGUCUGCUCAGAGCUGUGGGCUGCUGCACAGGACGUGCUCAUCUAUGAUGGAGCCGAGCGUCUCAUGCACUACUACACCAACACGAUGUCAGUACUUGGUGUUUCCCGGCUUCGAGUCGGGCCCGAGUUUGUGGCUCCCGCAGGCGCUGCCGUGGUCACGUGGGCGGUGUACACUGCCCCGGAUGGAACCAACGAUUCCUACUACGUGGCUGUCGACUCCCAUGAUGGCCUCUUCUAUCCCAUCAUCUGUGAUUACUCAGAUGGAACUGCUUCCAGAGUAUUUUUAGCCAAGGAUCCAGUGGCAGGUGUCACUUUGUUGGAAAGCGCAGAUGUGAUGUACUCAGUCACAGGAGGCCAGGUCUCGACCUGCCAGACGGUGGCGUUGGGCCUAAGGACCAGACAAGGGUAG